AUGCAUCUCUACUACUUAUUAAUAAGAGAUGCUUCCAUCGUCCGCAAGGCUCCUGAAGUGAACUAUAGCAUAAAUGGUCACGAUUAUACGAUGGGAUAUUAUCUUGCUGAUGGCAUAUAUCCUUCUUGGGCCACAUUGGUGAACACCAUACCAGAACCACAUGGCAACAAGAGGAAAUAUUUUUCCAAAGCACAGGAAGCAGUAAGGAAGGAUGUCGAACGAGCUUUUGGGGUUCUACAAGCUCGCUUUGCCAUUGUUCGAGGGCCAGCUCGAUAUUGGGAUGAAAAGACACUGGGAUACAUCAUGAAAGCUUGUGUUAUCAUGCAUAACAUGAUUAUUGAAGAUGAGGGAGAAUGUCCCAUGAUGAAAUACCUGAUCUUGAUGACUUUAUUCAGUCGCACAAAAAAAAUAAGGGACAACGAAACCCACUAUCAACUACGUGAAGACCUCGUGGAGCACUUGUGGCAGCAUUAUCCUGAUAAAUAUUGA